AUGGCGCACGGCCGCGGCGGCGCCGCCCCGCCCUGCAACUUCGUGGCGCAGGACAACAUCUGGAAAAAAUACGUUGAACGCGAGCUAGAAGCUGCAAAGAGAUGGUCUCAGAAUUGGGGAUUUUUAAAAACGCCUCUCGAAGAGUUGAUUGAAGAUGAGAAGAAAGAAAAAGCAAAGCCCAAGAUAGAACUUCCAGCACAUCUGCAGAUUCGACCUGUGACACCUGUGGAAAAAUAUAUUAAGGUUCAUCCAUCUCCUCCAGUACCUAAAACAACGCAGGGGUUUAUUGGCUGGAGAUCAGCUGUUCCUGAAUUGGAACUUGAACGUGGGUAUCAAAUCCAAAGCUGCAAGGGCAGCUUCUUCAAGGAUCUGAAGUGGCCAUGUGAGCCUUCUGAUUGAAGAAAUAACAAUUAGACAUAUAGAUACAUUUGUGUUCCUGAAUAAAUUAGCAUACUAUAGCAAACUGCUGGAUGUAAACAUUUCUGCCUUAAACACAAUUUAUGUAAACAUGCACAGUCAUUUUGGUGAUUUGUGAAUAUCUUAAUGUAUCAUUUUACUUGUUAUUGUUUAAAUCAACAGUAUUGAGGGUGCAAAUAUUGCUUUGGACAUACUUAAAUGUAAAAAUGAAUAAACUCAUAAAAAACAACAGAACAAAUAUUAAUAGGUGUAU